ACCUUCUGUGUUCCUGUUUCGUUUGUGGUGCAGGACGCUGUAUGACACUUCCUUCCUCUCACAUUUGAAUAGAGUUACAGCAGCAGCCAGAAACUCACCAGAGACAGAUACAUCAUCAAGUCCACCAUCCAUCUGUAGGUGAUCUAUUGUGACAGUGAAAGAUGGCGGGCACAUCACACAUCGCAGGGGACGAGAUGGAGGAACUGAGAGAGGCCUUCAGCAAAGUCGAUGUGGACGGUAACGGUUACAUCAGCACAGACGAGCUGAACGACCUCUUCAAAGCAGCCAACCUCCCACUGCCAGGAUACCGCAUCCGCGAGAUCGUACAGGAGCUCAGCAGGACCAUGGACCUCAACCAGGACGGAAAGAUCACCUUUGAUGAGUUUGCCAAGGUGGUUCAUGACUUGAAGAGCUCAGAAGUGGCCAAGACCUUCCGUAAAGCCAUUAAUAAGAAGGAGGGAAUCUGUUCAGUGGCUGGAACCUCGGAACAGUCUGGAACGCAGCACUCGUACUCCGAGGAGGAGAAAGUGGCUUUUGUGAACUGGGUCAAUAAAGCCUUGGAGAAAGAUCCGGAUUGCCAGCACGUCCUUCCCAUGGAUCCCAGCUCCAACGAUCUGUUCACAGCAGUGGGAGACGGCAUCGUACUCUGUAAAAUGAUCAACUUGUCUGUGGCGGACACUAUCGACGAGAGAACCAUCAAUAAGAAGAAGCUCACGCCCUUCACUAUCCAGGAAAAUCUGAACCUCGCGCUGAACUCCGCCUCUGCUAUUGGCUGCCAUGUGGUGAACAUUGGAGCAGAGGACCUGAAAGAGGGCAGGCAGCAUUUAGUGCUGGGACUCUUGUGGCAAGUCAUCAAAAUUGGCCUGUUUGCUGACAUUGAAAUUAGUAGAAACGAAGCUCUGAUCGCACUGCUCAGGGAUGGAGAGAGUCUGGAGGAUCUGGUCAAACUGUCUCCUGAGGAGCUGCUGCUGCGCUGGGCAAACUACCACCUGGAGGAGGCCGGAUGUCCCAAAAUUAACAACUUCAGCUCAGAUAUUAAGGACUCCAAGGCCUAUUACAACAUCCUGAACCAGGUGGCACCUAAAGGAGAUGAAGAAGGCAUCCCGGCCAUCCCUGUUGACAUGACUGGAAUACGGGAAAAAGACGACCUGAAGAGAGCCGAGUGCAUGCUGGAACAGGCCGACCGGCUCGGCUGCCGGCAGUUCGUCACGGCCACAGACGUGGUCCGAGGAAACCCUAAACUCAAUCUGGCCUAUGUGGCCAAUCUGUUCAACAAGUAUCCUGCUCUGAAGAAGCCGGAAAACCAGGACAUUGACUGGAGCUCUAUUGAGGGAGAGACCAGAGAGGAACGCACCUUCAGAAACUGGAUGAACUCACUGGGCGUUAAUCCACGUGUCAAUCAUCUCUAUGUGGAUCUGGCUGAUGCGCUGGUGAUCUUCCAGCUGUAUGAGAAGAUCAAGGUUCCUGUGGACUGGGACAGAGUGAACAAACCACCGUACACCAAACUGGGCAGCAACAUGAAAAAGCUGGAGAACUGUAACUACGCAGUGGAGUUGGGAAAGAAGGAGGCUAAAUUCUCUCUGGUGGGAAUCGCCGGACAGGAUCUGAACGAAGGCAAUCGCACGCUCACACUCGCUCUGCUCUGGCAGCUCAUGAGGAGGUACACGCUGAACAUCCUGGAGGAUCUGGGCGACGGGCAGAAGGUCACCGACGACACCAUCGUGACCUGGGUGAACGACGCGCUGGCACAAGCGGGCAAAGGCACCAUCAGCGGCUUUAAAGACGGAUCCAUAAGCACCAGCAUGCCAGUCCUGGACCUGAUUGACGCCAUCCAGCCCGGCUCCAUCCGCUACGACCUUCUCAAGACAGAAGACUUGACAGAGGAAGAGAAACUCAAUAACGCCAAGUAUGCCAUCUCCAUGGCGAGGAAGAUCGGAGCCCGUGUGUACGCGCUGCCGGAGGAUCUGGUGGAGGUGAAGCCGAAGAUGGUGAUGACGGUGUUCGCCUGCCUCAUGGCUCGAGGAAUGAGACGAAUCUAGAACCCAUCAUCCACUCAACUGAGAUUAUACACCUGCGCUCUUUUAUAUUUCCUUAAAGUGACUUUUAUUAUCAACUUAAUUAUUGUGUUCUUUGCGUGAAGCAAAAAGAUGUUCUUUCUCAGUAUUUUGGUCUUGUUUUUCAUACAGAUAUCUAAACAUUCUCAUUUUUUCUCUCUUGAAUCGAUUCUGAGCUCAGUUUUUAACAGCAGAUGGUGCUCUAGGCUAGUUUUUAACCACAGGCUCAAUUGCUCAUGAAGAAGAGCACUCGUGCAUUUGGCUAUGUACUUGCACCUCAGAAUGCUUAAUGCAGAAUGUAAUACACUUCAACUUUUUCGAACUUUAUGAAUGAUUAUUUCAUAGGAGGUUCAAGUGGUAUGUGUAAGAGUACGGCCGUUUCUAAAGCAUGCAGUGCCAUCUGCUGUUAAGCUCAGAAUCGAUUCGAGAGACAAUCUUGAUGCAUUCAGAAAAUCUUAGAAUCGAUUCAGAAUCAUUUCUCGAUUCGCGAUUCAACGAUUUAUUGUCUUACUUUAUAGUCAAAACUGAUCUAAUCUUGACAAAACAUAUUGUUGGAAAGGUCUGAUAUUUGGUGUCUAUUUUUGUACUUUUGGAAAAGAUAUAUUUGGACAGAAAUGUAUUAAUUUGUUACAGGAGAAUGCGUCCAAAAAUUUUCAAUGGAAUGUUGGUGACACACGGUGGAUAUUUAUGGUACAACGCCUAAAUAAAAUCACAUGGGUACUCA